GGUCAUGGGAAGCCGCUGCCGCGCCCCGGCGGCGUGAUGUUCCGCGCCAGCGACAUUCAUGGAGCGCCCGCAGGGCCUCGAGGCCCAGCUUUGGUCGCAGGCAAGGCGGCCGCGGUUGUACCGCCCCCACCAUGGGCUUCGGGCGGAAAGGGCCGGAGCAAAGGAGGUGCGUCCCCCGACCUGGGGGCCGGAGGAUGCGGCGGCUGCCCAGGCAAAAGCGCCUCAGUGACGCCGCCUUGGGCCGCUGGCUCGAAGGGCUGGAGCAAAGGCGACAUGAUUCCGAGCCCGGACGUUGCGCCAGCGCUUCCUCUAAAUCCCGUCGUUCCCGGAGGAUAUGGUCCUGCCAAAGCUGCGCAACCUCAAAUACCUCAGCCCUCCGUGUUUGCCGCUCCAUACGGUAAGGGAGUUGCCAAAACGAGGCCGAUCGUGGGCAAGGCCUUUGUGCCGGUUCCGGUCUCCAGGCAACAGGCACGGGCCAUCCUUCAACCGCCCUCCCUGCGCGAUGGUCCCUUUGCCAGCGGGUGUUCAGGAUUGAGAGGCGACAUGGACCAUUGCACCUCCGUGCCGAAUUUGGGGGCAGGUCCGGCCUCGGGCUGUGGCCUGGAGCCGGAGGGCGGCUCCACCGUCAGCUCGCCGGUGGCUCCCACAGGCUCUCUCCGAGCACUUCCUCCUCGGAGCAGCGUGACAGAGGUUAUCGCACCCAUCUCUCCUCGACGACGACCUCGUGCAAGGCCAAUUGCUGUGCUCGACCGCGCGGAGUCUCCUGACGAGGAUUCUGCAGGCCUUUCCUGGGCUGGCAGUCCCAGCGGCCCGGGCAGGAGGUCCCUGAGGGCAACGGAGGAGGCUCAAAUCGGUCCUCCAACACCAUCUCAGCCAUCUGUCAGCCGGAAGCCCCGUCAACUGGCGCUUUCGGGUUCACUGAUGUCUUUGCGGUCCAUGUCGGAACACUCCAUUCCAUGCCCGGAGUGUCCAGAGUCGCCCUCCCCGGUGCGAGAGGAAUUCAAAACGCCACCACGUGGCAUUGCUGUCGUCUUCUUCGACUUUGAUGGGACCUUGACAGCUACGCCGGGUGAUCGAGCAGCACGCAGGACCAAGCAGGUCGAACUCUGCGAGAGGGCUGCCAUGCUGGAGCCCAGGCUCAGGGGUCUGCGUGCAGAUGGCGCAUCCUUGGGCAUCAUUUCCAAGAGCACAGAGGGCACCAUCCGCAGCGCUUUGGAGGCUAGCGGCCUCUUGAAAUUCUUCGAUGCCCCCCUAGUGGCCAAGGCCGUGGGCUUCGAGGGCAAGGCUGGUUUCAUCGAGGAUCUCGCCCUGAAGGGCUGCUUGCCAAGACUGGGAUCCACCAGAGGUCAUGGAGUGCCUUUCAGUCGAAUCCUCCUGGUAGACGAUGACGUGCUGGAGCUCGAGCGCGCCAAAGCGCGUGGGCUGCAGGUCUAUGCUGCACCCGCCGACGGUGGACUGCAGGAGGAGGAUUUCGAUAUCAUUAGCGAAGCCCUCCAUGUUCCUCGGCCGAGGUCUCAUCCGCAGCGAGCUACAAUGACUCCGCAACGCUUGGUGAUGGCGCCGCCCCUUGUUAUGCGUACCCCUUCUUCCGCUCCUUCGUUUGGAUGCAGACGGUCUUCGGUACGGAGACAUGGCCGAAAGUCAAUCAAGGAGGACCAGCCUUUACGUCUCCCCUCAUUCAAUGACUUUGGGCGCGGAGGGCGCUGGCGGAAUGUGAUCCUUUUCUCCGGAGACUGCUUCGAGGGCUGGGCAUGCGGCUCGGACAGCCAGGCAACACCCAACACCGUGAUGUUGUUGGGAGCAGGAAGUCUUCCUGCAGGCAUUGAGAAAGAUAUCGAGGAGCAGGCUCGACAACUUUGCAUCCAGCAUUCUUUCAGCACGCCAGAAGAGGUGAGAUUCGUGUCUCAGUCCCUGGUUUUCAUAGAUUUCCCGUACCAGGAAGCUUGUCGAGAGUUCUUGCGAGUCUCCAACGGUCAGCUUAAGGUACGGCAGUGGGUCUACAGGUUGCAGCAUUCUGGUGCUGCUCCCAGUGAGGCCGAACAGGAGGCCGCCCUCACGGAAGGUGUCGAGGAGAUUCCUUCCGAUACCCUGAUGGUACGGUUAAUAGGAGAGCUGGAAGAGGCCCGAAUUAAGAAGGCCUUCCAGUCUCAUGUGCCAGUAGUAAAGGGCGUCCGCAUGAUGUUGGACAGAUCCACCAGAAAGUCAAAGGGCUUCUGCUUCGUGAAUUUCUACACAGUCAGCGAUGCGGUGACGGCCAAGAACCGGAUGCUGGCUGCAGGGUCCAUGAUUGACUCGCGCAAGGUGGCCAUUAGCUUUGCCAAGCCUCAGACGCAGGAGCAGGCUCUGGAAAGUGACAUGAACGCGAGAGCAGAGCAGGACGUGAUACAGGCCCAGGCUAACCAGGCCUUAAGCGGUGUCAACGCUGAGAUGUGGUCUUCCUACAUGCAGUUCUGCCAGGAAGAGAAGGAAAAAGAAAGCAGAGAGAAGCAGGCCCUGCUGGAGGCUUUGGAGGCGAAGAAGCGCGCCUUGGCCCUCCAGGCUGCGAGCGUGGAGCCCGAAACUGAUCACGGCCUGCUCCAGUAG